AUGCCAGAAUUUCACAAACUUAUGUUGUUUGCCGGAGCUGGUAUUGGCGCUUUUGCAUUAUUACUGCUUAUUAUUAGUGUAGCUACACCUGCAUGGCUUGACGAUGGACAAGGCAGUACUAUUGGUCUUUUCCGAAAAUGUGUUUCAGCUAAUUUGCCUAAUGCUACAAAUCUUGGUAAUGGAUGUCAUAACGAAAAUCGUGUUACUCAAGGUGGUUUGUCCGUGUUUGGUCUUUUAUUGCUUGUAUUCUCUAUUUUUGCGACAAUUGCUGCCGCAUUUACAGGAAAUACAUUACUUUUAUUAAUUUCUUUGGGUUUGAUGUAUUUUUCGUCUAUGUUUGUUAUGUCAGCGUAUGCAACGUGGGGAGCUUAUUCACGUGAUUUUGACUCGUACUCUUUUCCGUAUGGAACAGCAACGGCAACUCAACAUACAUCAAUGGGUUAUUCGUAUAACUUAUGUGUUGCUGCACAUUUCUUUCUCUGGACGGCACUAACAUGUGUCGCAUUUGGUGUUGGAAAUUAUUUGGGUGCCGAACGAAAUUCUUCAGGUUAA